AUGUGGGCUGUUGCAAUGAGCUGUGAGGUUAAUGGAGUGCCGCUGUACGCAGCCGACUCUCGAUUAUUUGUGGGAGAUUAUGUGGGUCGUGGAUUAAGUGUGCUGGGUGCGUUUGAAGUUAUUAAUGUAUCUGUUUUAUGUUCCACAGAAGCCCCUUGUGCUACUCCACUGAUCUGCAGCUUCGGCAGGCCCGUCGACCUCGAGAAGGAUGACUACCAGAAAGUCAUAUGCAACAACGAGCACUGUCCUUACAGCACCUGGAUGCAUCUGCAGUGCUUUUAUGAGUGGGAAAGCAGCAUUCUUGUCCAGUUCAACUGCAUUGGCAGAGCGAGGAGUUGGAAUGAAAAGCAGUGUCGCCAAAACAUGUGGACAAAGAAGGGAUACGAUCUUGCUUUUCGCUUUUGUUCCUGUCGAUGUGGGCAGGGUCAUCUAAAGAAGGACACUGACUGGUACCAAGUGAAGCGAAUGCAGGAUGACAAGAAGAAGAAAUCCGUGUUGGAGAAGAGCACGGGAAGGUCUAUGGCGGAGUCAGCAGAGGAGGCCAAAAAGGGCAGGCCAGCCAACAAGCCCCAGAAAGGCUUAAGUCACGACCUCCAGCGAAGGCACUCGAUGGACAGGCAGAACUCCCAGGAGAAGGGAGUCAUCAGCGGGGGCUACGCUGUCCGCUCCCCCUGCGUCUCUCCCGGCCAGUCCCCGCCAACCGGCUACUCUAUUCUCGCCCCCACGCACUUCAGCGGCCCUCGCUCCUCACGAUACUUGGGGGAGUUUUUGAAGAAUGCCAUCCACCUGGAGCCUCACAAGAAGAACAUGGCUGGUGGGGGCGUGUUCAGGAAUGCACAUUUUGAUUAUGGGGCAGCUGGUCUGCAGGCACAUCGGUCAGGACACUUUGAUGCCCCUGUGCAGUUUUUGAGAAGGCUUGAUCUCUCUGAGCUUCUGACGCAUAUACCGAGGCAUAAGUUGAAUACUUUCCAUGUGCGGAUGGAAGAUGAUGCCCAAGUGGGCCAAGGGGAGGACCUUCGGAAGUUUAUUCUUGCUGCUCUUAGUGCCAGCCACAGGAACGUUGUAAACUGUGCGCUCUGCCACAGGGCACUGCCAGUGUUUGAACAGUUUCCGCUGGUGGAUGGAACGCUGUUUCUUAGCCCAUCAAGACACGAUGAAAUUGAAUACGAUGUUCCCUGUCACCUUCAAGGAAGGCUUAUGCAUCUCUAUGCUGUUUGUGUAGACUGCUUAGAAGGGGUUCACAAAAUUAUCUGCAUUAAGUGCAAGUCCCGAUGGGAUGGAAGCUGGCACCAGCUGGGAACUAUGUAUACCUAUGAUAUUCUGGCAGCAUCUCCCUGUUGUCAGGCUCGACUGAACUGUAAACACUGUGGGAAGCCAGUCAUAGAUGUACGGAUUGGCAUGCAGUAUUUCUCAGAAUACAGCAACGUGCAGCAGUGUCCACACUGUGGAAACCUAGACUACCACUUUGUGAAGCCAUUCUCUUCGUUUAAAGUUCUGGAGGCUUAUUGACGAAAGCUUUGCUUUAGUAAUAGCUAUUUUAUGGGUAUUUCAACUUUAUUACAUAUCUUUUUAUAGGAUUCAUUCUGUGAUGAAAUUAAUUUCUUUUCUAACUGAAAGAGCAGCUUCUUUGUCUGUGUACAUAUUAAUAUGUAUAUAUACAUGUUGUUAAAACCAGGAUCCUCCUGACAAGAUCCCUGUGAAGGCUGGAGGCAAGCCAAUUUAAUGGCCUUUGAAUAUAUCCCGAGCGUGGGGUAAAUUUCAGCUAAAAAUGAUUUGGUUUUAUUUUUUGUAUUGUUGUAAUACGGUUUGUAGCAAAGGUGUGGGGAGACAUACAGGACAGAGAAAUAUGUCCGUUGGAAAGUGGUUAAUUUUGUAGGGUGAUGUUCCUCUAGAUUGGUGGAAGUGGGAAAUCCUUGGAAAGCGGUCAUCCUGUUACUGUUGAAUUAACUGAGUCUUUCACAUUGA